AUGACAUCUUUUGUUAUUGUUGCUUGUUUGUUCCUUACCCGAAAUUUUGCACAGCAGGCUACUGGUACCAGUUAUACCCUCCAUGAGGUUGGAGGUAAUCAUGCUCAGAGUGUUGGGUUUUCUACUGAUGGAUUUACCACCACAGCCACAGCCAUUAUGAGGAAAUUGCAUCUCAUAUGGGUGAUGAUGAAUGAGGAUACUAGAAGAAUGCAUAAAGUCAGUGAUGAUGUCAAAGGAGAAUACUUAGUUUUUUUCCCCAGGACACUCAGAUUAGCAUUUCUUGAAGAGAAUAAUAACAGUCUGAAGAAAAUAGCAAAACUUGAAGAUCUUGCUGAAUAUUCAAGACUAGGACUUGUUGUAAUUUAUAAGCUCUAUUCUUGUGGUGACUAUACAUACACUAUUUUAUAUUUUAACAGGAGAUCUGAUCUUGAUAUGAACAAACAUGCUAGCAAUGUUACCUACAUUAAUUGGAUGGGCUCUUGAGGUUAAUAAUUCCGUA